GAAUAAAGAUAAGUAACUUUAAAGUAUGAAUGGGUUUGCAUUUCUUGGUGGAAUUGCAGGCUGGUGGGUGGAUGAAAAGUGGUGAUGGAAAGUAGAAAGCGGCCAUGAGUUCUCAGAUUCAGGAAAUGAGUGUGGGAACCAAAUAGCCGAUGAUGCUGGGAGAGUCAUGGCAAGUAUAAAAACUAUCGAACUUUCGCACAACCUUUCCUAUCUUCUUUCCACAAUCUCAUCUCCAACAAUCUCAUCUUCAACAAUAACGAGAAGUUAUCACAAAACCGCAACUAUGUCACCACGCGUACCAAAUCUCGGGACCCUCCUCAACAUACGUCCCUCAAGCCUUAUAAGACCACGCUUCGCGAGUAUACCUGCGCCACAUGCGCUCGUAGCAUCGCGUAGCUUUACCUCAGAUUCACAGACGACUAUUACCCUAUAUAAGACGCUAGGAGACCGAAUCAACGCCACCAACGCCGAGGUCAAAGGCUUGAAGAGACAUAUCGAAGAGACGCAGCGGAGGGUUCAGGUUGACCAUUUAGUGGAGCUACGAUGCCUAAAAAAGGACGUCGAGAAGCUAGAGAAAGCCGUUGAAGACAUUGUAAGGGAGUGGCAUGGAGACUAUGGAAGUCGCGAGGAAAAAAGUCUCGCAUGGUAGGAAGGCUCUUAGAGCUGAUGAAUCAAAAAGGUUCGAGAAACACGUGUGGGAAGUAGAUAGCAGAUGAUGACACGAAAUUGCAGCUCUACCAUGGAUAUA